GCAGGGCAGCUGCACCAAGUUCCACCGCAGCUAGACCUCCGCGUGGUCAACGAGACGUGCAUCUCUGCAGCUCCGUCGACUUCAGCCUCAGCGUCGCCUUGGCCGGGUGUCUUGCUGCAUCUUCCAGAGAGGAGACCGAUCGUCCCCCUGUCAGAAAAAUGUCUGCUCCAGCUCAGCCGCCCACUGAAGGGGCAGAAGGGGCUACCCCAGGUGGGGGUGCCCCUGGCCCUACUCCUAAUACAACCAGUAACAGAAGACUACAGCAAACCCAGGCACAAGUAGAUGAGGUGGUGGACCUCAUGCGUGAGAAUAUGGACAAGGUCCUGAAGAGGGACGAGAUACUGUCACAGCUGGAUGACCGAGCUGAUGCCUUGCAGAUGGGAGCAUCACAGUUUGAGAGCAGUGCUGCCAAGCUAAAGAGGAAGUAUUGGUGGAAAAACUGCAAGAUGAUGAUCAUGCUGGGAGCUAUCUGUGCCAUCAUCGUGGUAGUUAUUUCUACUUUUUUACUUGAGAAUGUGCCACCCCUUCCCUCUUCUCCAUUGCCAUCCAAACUCAUGCUCCUCUCCUUGUUUGCUCUCUCAACGAACUCCCCCAUCUACCUUCCUCCAUCCCAGGCCAGGCUUCUCCAUCGGCCAUUCCUCCUUUUCUGUUGCUUCAUUUGCACUCUGUCCCUCAACACUAGAAAUGCUGCUCGUGGCGCAGUCUUGAAGUAACUACCUUAAGAGCAACAGCUGGCACCCCCUCCCUCCCUGCUUCUUCUAUACUCGCAAAUUCCUCCAAAGCCAAAAAGAGUUGGAGGCUAAGGGAAGGGGACGGGGCGUAGCUGUAGUGACAUGCCCAAGAAAGUGCCAAGCUUGGGGGAGGAGAAGGGUAUCUGUGCCCAUGGUAUCUCCAGGAAAAGCCAGGCUGCUGGCAGGAGGAAGCCACGAACACCUGCAAAAAUGGUGGCUCACUCAGGCCUGCCCUGGACACCUAGAGCUCUUCUCCCAUGCCAGGCCCGAAGAGGACCCCCGGUGGGUCCGAAGUCCAACUUGGUCCUGGUGCAAUACCCUCUUAGGUAGUAAAACUUGUUUUUUGGAGUUAUUUCUAAUCUGUUAGUCCAAGAUUUUCUACGUCUUCAGGGAUCUUACAGCCUUUACGUUGUUCUCCAGAGACCUGGAGAACACCUAUUAAUUGUGAAAAUACCAGAACUCCCAUUGCCAUCCUCGAAGCAGUCUCGCAAGCUCACAACUGGAAGAGUGUGUCUCUUCUCCACUUUUUCUGCAGCAUUCUGCACUGUUCACGAGAGCACCAAAUAAUUUCAUAUAGCCAAAGCUUGGGACUCUCAGUUAAUUUGGAUUGUUGGCAUGGAUAAAGAGGAAAUGUCUAUUAGAAAUCGCAAGGACAGGACCUACUUUGAAAAUAACAAGCUCAGAGGAAGCCACUUCUUGCCCUCUCGUUAAGGAAGGUCCUUUUCGUCCCUUCCUAUUGACUGAGGAGUGUGAGGGUCCUUGGACUUCUAGGGACUUCCUUCCUCACACCACCUCCAUGUACUUGCCAAAGACAGGGAUGAGGCAAGACGUCCUUCCUGAGGCCUGGCCGAUUCUGAGUAUUUAGAGAAGUCCAGUAUACCCACCAACUCAGUCUUGGGGUGGGAGGUGGGACAUUCUGUAGGCAGUCUGCUAUCAUGGGCCCUCUCAUCUAGAGCCAUCUCUCCGUUCUUCCUGCAGUAUACGCACCUUCUAAACCACGUGAACCCAUCUGAAUUCCACUUUGCCUCCUUCCCUUUUCUCCUCUUUGCAUGGUUUGUGGGUACAGACAGUGGAAUCUGAGGAUGGGAGCAACUCAAGCCUCUCUUGGGGGCCACCGCUGGGCUUUGAGAUAGUGUGUUGAGUGGGAUAGGCUCAGGUGUGAGGGCGAGCGAGCAGGCUGGGAACAGAAAGGGGAACACCCAUGCUCCUGUAUUUCUUCUGUCCCUUGGUCUACAAGCAGGAAGAGCCAGGCUGGGCUGGGUCUGGAUGCUCACUUUCCAUGUAGCAGCAUUUCAUUGCGCAAAACCAUCUUUCCUCUCCCUUUGCCCGUUGCCCAUGUUCCCUUCGUCCUGCCCGAGGGUGGGACUGAAGAGCUGGAAGAAAGCAGUCAUUGUGCCCUCCCAGCGGUUCCCCUGGAAGGUCUCCACUCUCCUCUGGGCUCCUCCUUGCCUAAUGCAGGGGGUCACCGCUGGAGAAGAACCACCACUGUCCUCGAUGUGUCCCAAGCCUGGAGCAAAUUCACCCUCUUAGGCCACCCAUGCGUGUCACAGGAAUUAUUUCCUGGGUUGACCUGAGGCUCACCAGAUAGAGUUGGCUUUGUUUGUUUGGAGAUGCUAGCCCUUCUACUUUCUUUCUCAUCCCACCCUGUAUCCCCUUUUGUGUCUUUGCUGUCCCCCUUCCUUCCUACCACCCAUGUGCAUGAGCAAAUACGCAACUAAACCCUGGGACUUUGCAGUCAAAUGAAGCCGAGCUUCCCACAUCCCCUUCAGUUUGCCUUGAGAUGAUGUGGGAUUUCCACCGUGUGUCUGUCAUCACCUCUUUGUCUUUUUUCCUAACCCCAGUCUCAUACUUGUAUAGAAUAAUAACAGUUGUACUUCACCAAAGGCAUGUGGCAUAUUUACCAAUUUCAUGUAUUCUGAACAAAGGCAAAAAAUACAAAU